CACCGAGCUCAUUCCCAUCCAGCUAGGUGCGCCAGCAUUCUCCUAAGUCCUCUGUGCAAGCGUCACUCUCUGGGUUUUUCACACACACAGUCGCCAUGGCAUCCAAGGCCUUCCUCCUCAUUGCCCUCAACCUCCUCCUCUUUGCGGUGGCCAACGCCUGCGGCGGCGGCUGCCCGACGCCGACACCACCAACGCCGACGCCGCCGACGCCAACGCCGCCCUCACCGUCACCAUCGGGCAAAGGCAAGUGCCCCAAAAACGCGCUCAAGCUCGCGGUGUGCGCCAACGUGGCCGGCCUCGUGAAAGCCAAGGUGGGGAAGCCGCCGGCCGAGCCGUGCUGCAGCCUCCUCGGCGGCCUCGCCGACCUCGAGGCCGCCGCCUGCCUCUGCACCGCCAUCAAGGCCAACGUGCUCGGCAUCACCCUCGACAUCCCUGUCAAGCUCAGCCUCAUUGUCAACUACUGUGGCAAGAACCUCCCCAGCGGCUUCAUAUGCGCUUGAUAUUAGCUACGUGAUUACGUGCUUGCAUUGCCUGCAACGCGCGCGCACGCAUGAAUACACAGCCAGUUGUUCAUUCGUGAGUGCAUGCUGCAUGCGUCCGAUUUGUUUUCUCCGACUUUUGUUUCGUGUGCUUUCUUUGUCCGUCAGGUGGUUCUGAAUGUAGAACCACGGACGGAUCAACAAUGAUGUGUGUGCAUCGAGAGUGUUUGAUUGUGUUUACCUUUUACUUCUUUUCCAUUCUUCCCUCUAAACGUAUGUGUAUGGUGAUUUCUUCUCCAAGGUCCAAGCUAGGAAAUGCACUGUUUUGGGUUUGUGUGGUGUUUAUCUCAUUGUUGUAAUUGCUUGUAGUGGAUUCCAAGGAUUGUAUGUACCGCAAGCACAAGUUUAUUUGUAUGAGCUAGGGUUCAUUUCAGUUA